GGAGAAGGUGAAGAUUGCACAGCGGUAUCGAGCGGUGUGUGCGUGCGGUAUUGCCUACAGGGAGCACAACCACUCGCCAUCUCUCUCUCUCUUUUUCUCUUUUUCUUUCCCCUUCUCUCUCUUUCUUUCUCUCUCUCUCCCUGUCUCUCUCUCUCUCCCUCUGCGUGUAAUCCCAUACGAUUCUUACCACUCAUGUUUCGUUGGCGAUUUGUGUGUAUUCCUUUAUGAAAGCACGUUACUGCCGCGCCGCGACGGACCGUUAUCUCGCGGACGCGUACUUAUGCUCCGAUCCGAAUCACGACUGUCGCCUGAUAAUGCUCCUUAUCGUUGCCGCGCGCGUUACAUGACCCGUGAUACGCGCGUUACGGGAAUCUACGCAACGAGCAGCAGCAACAGCAAGAGCAGCAAGAGUAGCAGCAGCAGCAGCAGCAACAGCAGUAGCAGCUACAAAAUCGACGGUGGACGAUUCUCGUGACACUGUUGGAGAACGACGGGGUGACCGACGAUGGAUCGCAAGGCGAAAUUGUAGCCCCGUAGCUGUAGUUCGCGAUCGGAUUGUCAUCGCUCCGCUUCGUAAUAAUAUAAUAAAUACCUCCGUGUCGCCGACACGCUUAGAGAUCAUAUUAUACAUAUCCUUGCUUCAUAUCGAUCAUUCGUCCCACUUCGUAGCACUUUUGCAUCGUUUUCGAUCAAACAAAUUCGCUCGAGUUACGCGCGUUAAUUGAUAAAAACUGUGUCGUCCCUGAACGCGGAUUGUGCCGACGACUACGAAAAGCGGUGAAGUUUCUAUGCUCUUCAAAAAAAAAGUGGUGCCUAAGAGUGAUUACAAAGGGAGAAUAAAAAAAUUUGUAAAUUAGUGCCUACACACUUACGAGCGUGCAAUAAUCGAUGAUUCGUCGAUUCGCUUACUUAUAAUCGUAAUCUAUAUACCUUGCGCAUUUUAGGAUACGAUUGCUCCAAUGCUUCUUUAUCACGCGCCGAUUAUGUACAACGCCAAAGUGUCAGAGCAAAGAAAAAACGUACAAAACGUGCGGAGAGACGAAAGGAACUAGAGCCGAUUAGAACAGAAUCAGCUGAAUUCGGUAAAUAUACGUUUCGAAGGAUACACGAGGCAAAUUGCCGCAUUAGGGGUCGAACAUACGCAUGUACUCGUCGAGAGCUUCAUAUGCGUGGGACUCCAUAAUCGGCCCGUUUUCGCGUCCAAGAGUGUAUCCGACAGACUGAAAAAUCACUUUUACCAUUCGCGUUAGUAAUGUCGCGAUUAAUGCUGUGCAAUCUUGGCAAUGCCUCGACGGCGGGAAAUGAUACGAACAACAACGCAAACACGAACAGCAGUAUGGAGGACGAUGAUUCUUAUCCACUGCCUACAAUCUAUCGCUGCCGUGCACCCAUAGCAAGUCUGGAUUGCAUGGAAGAGUUCAACGGCGGCGGCGGCGGAGGUGGCGGCGGCGUAGGUGCAGACUCGGGCGUGCACUGCAGCAACACGACCGGAACCAAAGAGCAGCUACUAACUAGCUGCAUUGCCGCACAAGCGCAACGUUUGCAGCAUCCCUCGCCAGGUAUUCGCUACCGCAACUUGGGCAAAAGCGGUCUACGUGUUUCCAAUGUUGGAUUAGGAACAUGGACAACCUUCGGCGUGGGUGGCUGCGGCAGCGAAGAGACCGCGGAGGCUGUCGUCGCGCUCGCCUACGACAGCGGGAUUAAUGUAUUUGACUUGAGUGAAGCGCACAGCGGUCAUCGCGCGGAAAUCCAAUUCGGUCGCAUCCUGCUGAGACGAGCCUGGAAUCGUUCCAGUUACGUCGUGACAACGAAAAUUUAUUGGAACACCAAGACCGAGGGUCGCGGGCUAUCGCGGAAACACAUUAUCGAGUCCGUGCAAGCUUCGCUCGUCAGGCUGCAACUGUCGUACAUCGACAUUGUCAUGAUCCACAAAGUCGAUCCAAUGUGUCCAAUGGAAGAGAUCGUUCGCGCUAUGAAUUACGUUAUAAGCAAAGGUUGGGUAAUGUACUGGGGUACGUCGCGAUGGACACCCGUGGAAAUUAUGGAAGCCUAUACGAACUGUCGGCAGUUCAACUGCGUGACGCCGAUUGUCGAGCAAGCGGAGUACCAUUUGUUUUACAGAGAGAAACCUGAACUUUAUAUGCCAGAAUUGUAUAACAAAAUUGGCGUUGGUUUAAUGGCAUGGUCCACUGUCACUAUUGGAAUGGUUUCUUCAAAGCCGGAAGAUUGCGGAGUAUCGUUUCUCUCGAGAUCCUCUUAUAAAAAUAAAUACUCUUCAUUUAGUUGGACGGAGGAUGAAACUCAAUCUUUGUACAAGGAGGAAUACGGGUGGAAAGACAAAUCUGCCGACGAUGAGACUCGGAAAUACUCGGAUAAAUUGCGGGACGUGUGCGCUUUGGCCGAGAGACUGGGAUGUUCCUUCGGACAACUAGCCAUCGCGUGGUCUUUAAAGAAUGAAAGUGUUCAGUGCCUUUUGCUUGGUGCAUCCAAUAUAGAUCAAUUGUACGAGAGUCUCCAAAGUUUACAGCUUAUCCCAAAGUUGAACGCGAGCAUAAUGAGCGAGCUCGAGAGGAUUCUUGACAACAAACCGUCCCGACCGCCGAUGAUAUCCACACUGGCGCUUAGAUGACAAUCAAUGUGCCCCCACGGUAGCGGUGGGGGCUCCGUCGAGGAAGCGGGUAGUCCGAAGAGCGAAGGCGGCAACAGUCACGAUCAGGAGCAGACCAAGGAGGUGAACAACAAGAUGCCAUUCUGCGAGAUACAGUGAGAUGCGCGGACAGCGAUCUCGCUACCCUCGGUAUUGUCAAAGCUCGCAAGGAUCGACAUGGACGAAGGUCCAUCUACGCGUUUCUCAUCCACAUCCUCGCUUUCACCCCUUUGGUCGCGGCGUAGGUCGAUUGUACAUACGACACACGAGUCGAUGACAAUACUUACUUAAUUACGAGAACAACAUCCGGAAACUUGCCGCGAGACAACAGUUGGGUACUUCUUCACGAUAUUUGUAUCUGCUCUCUCGCGUACGUCAUUUCGUGGACUAUACGUAGAUAUAUAGAGGAGGAUAUAAUAUAAACAUAACGUUACGCAAGCGGGAUCUUUCUCGUGUUACAACGGAAUCGCAUGUCGCACUUUUUGAAGACAUUUUCAGAGAAAUGAUUAGGCUUAUUUCACAUAAGUCUCUCUGUAAGUCUCUCUCUCUUUCUCUCUCCCCUUCUCUUUCUCUUUCUCUCUUCCUCAACCGGGAGAUUUAUCGUCGAGAUUUCCAUUCGCGAUUCCAAGUGUUCAUUAUUCUUAGUAUUAAUAAUCCCGUUUGCUACUCACACUGUGAGAUAGUGAAUGACCAGCGUGUCUCCACACACGAGCAAAAUACACUUGUUCUGCCACUCACUGGUCGAGUAAAAGUGAAUUGCGAAUGAUAUAGCAUGUCGAUUAUCAUUUAAAAAUUGCGUUAUAGAUCAUAAGAAUUUAUCAAGAAUAAAUAUUACCAGUAACACUGCGCGUUUUACGUAUUCUAUUCAGAGUAUUUUCAUCUGUAAUACGUGACGCUCACAACUUCGGUCAUUCAUUAUAUAUUUCUUUCGCUACAGCUACCGCGAUUAAUUUUUCGCAUCCCUUCCACCAAUUCCUCUCUCUUUCUCUCUCUCUUUCCUUCUCUCUCUCUCUUCUUUAUUUACCUUUUAAUUUUUAUUUUCUAAUCGUUUUGCAUUUUAAAAGACGCGAAAUACAUAGCAUUUUUUAUAAAACAAAAAAUACAUUGUGUUACGAACUUAAUUCUCUUAUAAAGAAUACUCUCUUUGAGAAAUUGAAUUUUUUGUCAUAAAUAAAUAGAAAAUCCGAAAAUAAGAAAGAAGAAAGAAAUGGCAUUUGAAGACAAGUACGAAUAAUUGUCGAUAAUCGAUUCAGUGAAAUAAAUCGAAAUGAACGGAAAGGUGAAAAAGAAAUUUUUUUAUUCGAAAUGUAUUUAAUUCUUUAAUUUCAUUCAUUCGUUAGGCUUAAAUGUAAUAAAUUUCUUAAAGGUUACAUUUUUUACAUUCGUAAUAUUUUCGCACAAAUGUUUUCUUAAAACGUGCACUGUCAUGCACCAACUAAAUAUUCGCAAACUCUCAAUUAAACUCAGAUGUAAAUUACAACAUGAUAGACUUACAAAGAAUCUUCGAGGAGCCGAAUACAAGUAGUAUGUACACAAAAGAGAGAUCUAUUUACUUCAAUAAAUGCCGUUUUUCUAUAAAAGAGAGACGUUUGUGUGAUUAUGGCCCACACAAGAACUUUCGGCUCGCCACAAA